AUGGGAAAAAUUAAACAGAAAGGGAAAACUGGAGCUGCUCGUGUCUAUAUCACGAGAAACCAAGCUUUAAAAAAGCUUCAGGUGACUCUUGCUGACUUUCGUCGCAUUUGCAUCUUAAAGGGUGUUUAUCCUCGUGAACCAAAGAAUAAAAAGAAGGCAAAUAAAGGAUCUACUGCUCCUGUUACCUUUUACUAUACCAAGGAUAUUCAAUAUUUGCUUCAUGAACCAGUCGUCCAAAAGUUCCGCGAAUAUAAGACCUUCGUACGCAAAUUAAGCAAGGCAAUUGGUAAAGGUGAAUUAGAUACUGCGAAGCGCCUUGAAAAUAAUAAGCCCAUUUAUCAUUUAGACCAUAUUAUCAAGGAGCGCUACCCUACCUUCCAUGAUGCGAUUAAGGAUAUUGAUGAUGCUUUAAGUAUGCUGUUCCUUUUUUCUACCAUGCCAGUUACGGACAAAAUUGGUGCUGCAACUGUGGCCAAUUGCGAACGUCUCUGUGCUGAAUUUCAACAAUAUGUAAUUCGAACCCAUAGCCUCCGCAAAACAUUUUUGUCAAUCAAGGGUAUUUACUAUCAAGCCGACAUUUUUGGUGUCGAAGUUACUUGGAUUGUUCCUUACAAAUUCUCACAAAACGUCCCUACUGAUGUGGAUUUCCGUAUCAUGCAUACAUUUCUCGAGUUUUACCAAUCUUUAAUGGGAUUUGUGAACUACAAAUUAUUCAAUAGUGUUGGGCUUCGUUACCCUCCCAAGUUGGAUGUUGCUAAGAGCGAGUCCGCUGCUGGUCUUGCCGCAUAUGACUUAGAGGAAUCCAAUUCUCUUCCCUCUAUUGCACAUGGUGAUAACAAACAGGCUCGUAAACGUAUUGCUAGUCUUGGUAAUAAGAUCGGCGAUAUUGUUGAAAAAGAUGCUGAAACGGAUGAGCGGCCAGAGCAAAGUGCUGCUGAGACAAAUGAUGCCACCGUUGAUAAUGGCGGGGAUGACAAGUUGGAUGAAUUUAAAGCCAUUGAUGAAGAUACUACAGACGCUGCUUCUAAAGCCGAUGCUCAAGUUUCUUCUGUCGAUACUUCGUUACUUGCCCCUUUUACUUUUUACCUUUCUCGAGAAGUCCCUCGUUUUUCUUUGGAGUUUGUUAUUCGGGCAUUCGGCGGAAAAGUUGCUUGGGACCCUGUUCUUGGAGGAGGAUCUCCAUAUGCUGAAUCUGAUCCAGUAAUUACUCAUCACAUAAGUGACCGUCCUCAUCUCGCUCAAAAGUACGAGGGUCGUGUUUACGUUCAGCCUCAAUGGGUUUACGAUUCAGUGAACAAGGGUCAUUUGGAAAGAACGGAUCUUUAUGUUCCUGGUGCUACUCUUCCUCCUCAUCUCAGUCCCUUCGUCAAGCUUAGCGAAAAUGACUAUAAUCCUGAGGAAGAAGUAUCCGCAGGCGAAGAAGAGGAGGAAGAAGAAGAAGGCGUUGAUGCUAGCGAAGAUAAGAAGGCUAUUGAGACAGAAAAGAAGGUUGAAGAGCCUUCUGCUGAUGUUGAGGAAGAUGAAACAGAAAAGGCCGAGCUUGAACAUCAAAGAGAACUUGAAGCCGAGGCUGCUGGUGUUGAAUAUUCAGAAUACAUGAAGAAUAACAAGCCUUCUAAGUCUAAGAAGCGUUCUAGUGAUGCAAUGAACGCUGACCAAAAGGACGAGAAGGAGGCCAAGGAACUCUCUAAGAUGAUGAUGAGCAAUAAACAAAGAAAGCUUUAUAACAAGCUGGAAAAUACCAAUGUUAAGAAGGAAAACUACAACAAUAACCUUCGUAAUAAGAAGAAGGAGAUUCAGAAGAACAAAAAGGCAAAGGCCGAUAAAUAG